CAGCAGAUGCGGGUCUUAUUUGUUCUCUCCAACAGGAGGAGGGCGUUCCGCUCAACAACACACGCAUCCAGUGGCUGCAAUAUCUCUGCUUGUGGGUGCACAGGUUCGUCUGUAGGUGCAGCCAACGCUUUCGAUUUUCUCAGUUUUAAACCAGGGAUCAGGCCUUUCCUUGAUGUUAGUCCUCCUGGUGGCUGCUCUGCCGGGGGAAAGGCAACAGAGGAGGCCGGGCUGGAAGACAUGGAGGCUGGCCGUCCUUGCAGAGGGAGUGAGCUGUAGGACGUGCUGAUUUCUUCUGUGGAGGGAUCGGCUCUCCUAGUAUGGAGCCUGCCCACAUCGGUGGGGAUAUGUCACCUCUGUACGUCCCGAGGAAAAGGAAGCCUGUCCAGUCACAUGUCAGAGGCACGCCUCCAUGUCCAGCUGUUCAGAGGUUUUCCGACAGAGAAGGUGAACUAAAUACCUUGAAGUAUCCAGAGAAUGAAGAGUCUCAAGAUCAAAAUGAUGUAAAGAUGAAAAGAACUUAUAGCAAAAAAAGGUAUGAGAACCUCCAGAAUGUUUCCCUGGGACCUGUGGAUUAUCCAACCACCAGCUGCUCUGCAAUGUUAUCAGGUGGGCUGGCAAAUGGCUCUGAUGAAAGGUCUGUAAACAUGCCUCCAAGACAGAUGGGGAAGGGUGUUUGGCCUGAAGGACUUGAGGUGACCCAGGUGCAUCCCCAGUCUGAGGAACAGAACUGGAACUCCUGCAGGGAGCGAGGUCCUGAAGCCUGGACUCCUGGUAGAGAAGAACCCCAGGACCAGGUCUGGAGCUCUGGCAGAGAUGUGGCGGGACGCUCAAGUCAAGAGCAGACAUGGAUGCCUGACAGAGAUAGACCCCAUCCUGGACCAGAACGGGCCUGGAUCACGAGCCAAGAGCAAGGUCCUGCAUCAGGAUGGGGAGUGGGCAGAGAUCAAAGCCAUGUUCGAGCCUGGAAUGGUGGAAGGGAUCCAGGAAGAGAAAGAGCCUCCGCAGGACUGCAGCAAGGGUGGGGAAAUGGCCGAAGUCAGGAUGAACAAGGCUGGAGGGACUCAAGCAGGGAGCGAGGAAACGUUUGGAGACCUGGUUUAGGUGCAGUCAGUGUUGGGAAGAGCUCAGGAGCUCAAAUGAAUGAAGAUCAGAAACAUAUCGUUCUUCCAAUCAAGAAGGAACCUCCGACCUACCCUCCAGGAAGCCAAGAGGAGCGCUGGCAGCUCCAGAUUGUGGCCAAAGGGAGAGUCACGUGUCCUAAAUGUAAAAGUGUGAGCCGGAAAACUGUGGAAGGGCUGAAGAAACAUAUGGAGAACUGCAGACUGCAACCUUUUACCUGUCAGCACUGCGGGAAGCAGCUUAAAUCCUCAACAGGGAUGAAGUAUCACAUCAUGGCUGAUCACAGCCACCUGCCAUCAGCUGAUGACGCCAAGGGCCUCGAUGAUCGUGCCAUCAAAGAAAAACUGCGUAAAAUCCUGAAGAGACUCGGCAAACUGAAAUGCUCUAAAGAAGGCUGCACUGCUGCCUUCACCAGCAUCAUGGGUUAUGUGUACCACAUGAAGAAGUGUGGGAAGGAAGAGUCUGAGCUGGAGAAGUUGCUGCUGAAUUGCUCCCACUGUGGGAAAACAUACAAAUCCAAGGCUGGUCUGGAGUACCACCUGAAAUCAGAGCACGCUCCUACACCCCAGAACACUGAGGAGGACGAGGCCCUGAAGGCUCAGAGGGAGGCCAACCCAGAGAGGACGCCCAGCGGCAGAGUACAGCGAGCCUCCGCACAGGUGGCCAACUUCCACCUGGCUGAGAUCGCCAACAACGAACUGCCAAAAGACUGGCCCAAAAGGAAGUUUCAGUCAGAUCUUGUACCUGACGAUAAGAAGUUGAAAUACGCCCGACCAGGCCUCCCAGCAUUCAGCCAAGAGGUGCUGAGGAAGUGGAAGAAUGAGGUGAAGCUGCAGAGGAAAGUCCAUUGUCCUAACCAGGGUUGUGACUGCACAUACACCAGCGUGUCAGGACUAAAAGCUCAUCUGGGACUGUGCACAAAGGGUGAAUUCGAGGCUGGAAAAUACAGAUGUUUGAUCUGCAACAAGGAGUUUAAUUCUGAAAGUGGAGUGAAAUACCACAUAAACUCAGUCCAUUCACAGGAUUGGUUUGUAACAAACAAAAAAGCUUCCAAGAAGUUUGAGAAGUUCCUCAAGAACCAGCCAAAGCAGACCGUCUAUGCAGACAAGCCAACUGCUGAUCAGUACCACUAUCACCACCUGCACCAGCAGCACCAUCAGCAGCAUCACCAUUAUCAUCAUCAACAGCAGCCCCUGCAGCAUCCACUGCAGCCUCUGCAUCACCUCCAGCACCAAACCCAGUUCCUCCACCCAGAGCUACAAAACCUCCACCCACAAGAUGACCCCCAGCUUCAGCAGCCGGAGCUCCACUACACUCCUCUAGAACCUCCCAUGGGACCAAUAUGGUUGGACAUGGACCGCAAGGAAGCCGUGCCGGGACCAGAGCACAUCGACAUGCACAUGAUUAAUGCGGUUAAAAUUGAGGAGACCAGCGAGGAAAUAAUGGAAGUUAAAGGAAGGAUUAAGGGAGAAACAAUAGGAGAAACAGAGAUGGUGGAUGGGAAACAGACGGACUGCUUUGCUUUCAGCAGCAGCGGCUCAUCAAGCGAGGUGGAGGCGGGGCUUCAUGAAAGGCAGCGGGAGAUCAACCAGUGGAAUCUGAAACGGCCAGGCUUAAUGGAGCCGCAUGGUGACGCUGCAGAAUGACAGAGAAAUGCUUGAUAGUCCAUGCAUCAGCUGCUAAAAUAAAUGAUGCAACAGACAGCUGCUCCUAAUACCUAAAACAAAAAAUUCCUGCAGCAUAAAAAGUGAGACAACAGCUGGAGAUGCACUACAAAUGGGACGCUUUGGUGGUUAACAAACUUUCAGCUGAUGGAGACCAGCAUGAAGGUGUGGAUUUAACACUUUGUUCACUUGUCCUUAACGGUUGCUAAAUGUAGUCAAAACGUUAAUCUGGGCGUUUUCACCAAUUUUUAAUGUCUAAUUCUUUGAAAACCUUCCUGUCUUUCUUGCUACAUGUAUAAGGUAAAGUUAGUUUUCCCAAGAAGAACAUGUCAGCGUAUUUUGUUUGAGUUUAUUGUCAAGUUUUGUUCUCUCUGAGAACAUGUUGUGCCUCGUGAGUUUGAUGCAUCUAACCUCAUUUCAUUUUAUUUAUGACUGACCGGCCGUUUGUGGCUGCAUUAUGAAGAAACUUGUGGAGUCAGAUGGAUAAAUGAUAAAUAAUAAAGUAGCACACUAAGUAA